AUGAAGCUCUUCGCAAAGAAAUCGUCCAAGAAGCAAGGCCAGGACGACGACGACCACCACCAAGAUUCGAGCUACUUUCCCUCCUCUGAGGCCUCUUCUCCUACGAAGUCGCCCACCAAGCCCCGAUCCCCCACCAAAUCGCCGACAAAGUCCCCCACCAAAAAAUCCUCCCAGCCCGCAUCUCCAGGCCCUCGGGAGACAAAGUCGUCGCGCACAUCCCGCACCUUUGGCCGCCACCCUACCGACCCGGGCUCACGCAGGAGCAGCAAAAUCGACCUCGAUUCCCACCCUCUUAACCUCCCUCCUGAAGAGCGUGCAAAGAGACUUUCCGCCCUGUCAGCCAUGAGUGGAAACGCCAUGGACAUCGACCGUGAGUCGAGUGCAGCGCCGUCAUCGCCUGCUGCUGCGGCACCCCAACAACCCUCCGUGCCGUCUUCUUCCUCCUCCCCUAAGCUGAAUGGCAUCAACACCAAUGUCAACGGCACUGGCGAUGCUCCGGCCCCGCCCCCUCACAAGUCCAACCCCUCCAGCCCAGUCCCCACGACCGAGGAUGAGGCCGAGGCCUACAAGGCUGCGGGCAACAAGUUCUUCAAGGAGAAGGACUACAAGAACGCCAUCCUCCAGUACUCCAAGGCUAUUGAGUUGGUCCCCGACUCGGCCACCUAUCUGAGCAACCGUGCUGCUGCCUACAUGUCCAAUACCCAGUACGAGUACGCCCUCGAGGACUGCACCCGCGCUGCCGACUUGGACCCCGAGAACCCUAAGAUCCUUCUCCGACUUGCCCGCAUCUACACCAGCUUGGGUCAGCCCCAAGAGGCUCUGCUUGUGUUCGGCCGCAUCAACCCUCCCCCCUCCGCCAAGGACCAGGCUUCAGCUAAGGAGAUGCUCAAGCACGUCACCGCUGCCCAGAGUGCCCUCCGAGAUGGCACCGCCGGCUCCAUGGUUCUUCAUGCCCUAGACCAGGCUGAGCGUCAUCUGGGCUUCGGUGCCUCCAGACCUCGCAAGUGGCAACUUAUGCGGGGCGAGGCGUACCUCAAGAUGGGUACCGUUAACGCCCUUGGCGAGGCGCAGAACCUUGCUAUGGCACUGCUCAGAAGUAACAGCCAGGACCCUGAGGCUCUGGUGCUUCGUGGUCGCGCUCUGUACGCCCAGGGCGAGAACGAUAAGGCCGUCAGCCACUUCCGCAAGGCCAUUAGCUGCGACCCCGACAUGAGGGAUGCGGUCAAGUAUCUCAGAAUUGUCCAGAAGCUCGACCGGAUGAAGGAGGAGGGUAACUCCGACUAUAAGAUGGGCCGCUGGCAGUCCGCCAUUGAGAAGUACAGCGCUGCGCUCGAGGUCGACCCGGCCAACCGCGGCACCAACUCAAAGAUCCUGCAGAACAGAGCGCUGUGCAAGAUCAAGCUUAAGGAUUACGAUGGAGCCAUUGCUGACUGCGAGCGCGCCAUCAGCCUGGACUCAACGUACCUCAAGGCCCGCAAGACCAAGGCCAACGCUCUUGGGCAGGCAGGCAAGUGGGAGGAUGCUGUGCGGGAGUGGAAGUCGAUCCAGGAGCUCGACCCUGAGGACCGUACCAUCGCCAAGGAAGUGCGCAAGGCCGAGCUGGAGCUCAAGAAGAGUCAGCGCAAGGACUACUACAAGAUUCUCGGCGUCGAGAAAGACGCCGACGACAACCAGAUCAAGAAGGCCUACCGCAAGCUUGCCAUCAUUCACCACCCCGACAAGAACCCCAAUGACGAGCAGGCUGCCGAGCGCUUCAAGGAUAUCGGAGAAGCCUACGAGACCCUGAGCGACUCUCAAAAGCGUGCUCGCUACGACAGCGGUGAAGACCUCGUCGACCCGUCUGACAUGUUCAGCGGCGGUGGCGGUAUGGGUGGUAUGGGCGGCAUGGGCGGCAUGCACGGCGGCAUCGACCCUGAGAUUCUUUUCAACAUGAUGGGUGGUGGCGGUGGAUUCGGUGGUGGCGGCGGCUUCAACGGGGGCGGUUUCCCCGGCGGAGGCGGCGCACACUUCAACUUUGCCGAUGGAGGAGGCGGUCGUCCGCGCGGAGGCGGUGCCGGCUUUGGCGGCCGCGGCUUCAACUUCUCGACCUGA